AUGAAUAAUACAAUUAAACUUUGUGAGGAGUCAGGGAUUAAAGGAGAGGUGAAGUAUUGUGCCACUUCAUUGGAAUCCAUGGUUGAUUUUUAUCGCUUCCAAGCUUGGGAGACACGUGGAAGAUGGAUUAAGGUAGCUUUUGCACGUUCUGGAGAAACAAUUAGCAGACAAUUUCAUGUGGUUCUCAAGGCCAUUAUAAAGAUAGGCAAAUACUAUAUCAAAGAGAUUAACUCAGAUGCAAAUUAUCAAGAUAAUGACAAGUGGAAAUUCUUUGAGGGUGCGCUUGGUGCACUUGAUGGUACUCAUGUUCAAAUGACUGUUCCAAUUGAAGAUCGAGCAAGAUAUCAAAAUAUGGAAGGCGAGUUGAGCACUAAUGUUCUUGCAGUUUGUGAUCCUAAGAUGAUAUUCUCUUAUGUGUUACCUGGUUAG